UCUCUGAUCAACUGUUGACAGUUGGGACAAUGCACAGUUUGUAGUGUUUGUGAUUUAUACAGUAUGUGAUCACUGAAUAUAUUUGUUAGAGUGUCUGUUUGAUCAUAUGGCAUUAAGCGAUCAUGUACAAAGAUUGAUAAAAGGCAACCUAUGAAUCGAUUGUGAGUGUGUCAUACUUGGUUGCUGAAUGUCGACCUUGUUACAUAAAAGACAAUGCAAUUUAAGCAUAAAAGCUCCAAAAAAAACUCUAAUUGCAUUAAUUUGACUGAUUUCAAUGUCUUAAUUGAAAUAAUUUUGUGAUUUCCACUUAAUUAAUUUUAACUGACUGGUUUUAAAAUGAUUCACUGUGCCAUUCGAAGUUUACGAGUUCCAUAUGGAUUUACACUUUGCAACAGAUUUUUAUCUCCAGUACUUCCACAAACAAGAUUACUCUCAGACACAGUACAUAAGAGUAAAUUACUUCAACUGUACUCUACUACCAGGCAGCUGCGCAAGCCAUUAGUGUCGCCUAAAUGGUCCACCACUUCAAGAAUUACUGCUACCUCUUCACUGCAAUUAGCACACUGCAGACUUUUCCACACCUCGCAACCUAGAAAGGCUAUUCCUCCUUUGGUUUGGCUGAUUCUCAGACCUUUUGCCAAUUUGGCUGCAGUGCUUUUUGGGCGCAUAUUCAGGAAAGCCUGGAAAAAACUUCCUCAGGAGAAGAGAGAUAAAAUAAUCCUCAGACUGAAAAGGAAUAGAAGUAAAGUAUUAGGUGCUGCUGGAGCUCUCACCUUUGGUAUAUUUCUAUAUGUUCUUGCACAUUUAGAAGAGGCACCAUACUCAAAGCGUAAAAGAUUUAUAUUAUUUUCGCGGCAAGAUAUGCGUAAUCUUUGUGAGCAAGCUGAACAAGAAAUUUUAUCUACUUCAGCAUCCAAGGUUCUUCCUCAUAGACACCCUCUUUCUAAGACUAUUGUCCGAGUAAUGGCUCAAAUAAUGGAAUCUAAUCAUCAAGCAAUAAUUGAUAGUGGAGUGACUUCAUGGAAUAUUUAUGUACUAGAUGAACCAGAAAUCAGUAAUGCUAUGGUUCUUCCAAAUGGUACAGUCUUCGUUUUCUCAGGGAUUGCUGAUACGUGUUCUAGUGAUGAUCAACUGGGAGCAAUUCUGGCCCAUGAAGUUGCCCAUGUUUUACUGAAUCAUCAGGCAGAAACACUGAGCAAAGAACACCUAAGUAGUUUUAUCUUCCUAUUCAUCAUCACUGCCAUUUGGGCUGUUCUUCCUGAUUUUGCUGCUUUUUUGUCUCACAUAUUUGCUUCCCAGACCUCACAAAUUUUUAUAAGUUUACCUUUUAGUAGACUUAUGGAGUCUGAAGCUGAUGCAGUUGGAUUAAAUCUAGCUGCAAAGGCUUGUUUGGAUGUUCGUGAAGCUAGUGUUUUUUGGGCUAAAAUGGCUUUGCGGGAGGAACUUGGUUGUGAAGAGGCACCGAUGGAGAUACUGUCUUCCCAUCCAUCCCAUGAGAGUAGACAAAAAGCAAUAGAUGAACUUAUCCCAGAUGCCUUGAAGUUGAGGGAAUCAUGCAAGUGCAAAAAACUUUCUCCGGCCGAUCCUCGAAUGAAGUUUGGCCUGCACAAGUUGCGUCUAAAGGAAGCUGAGAGCAAAGGCUGUUUGUCUUGUAAAUCAAUAUUUUCCCACUACGAUAUAUAAUAUUUUGUUUAUGAAGAGACCAAAGUUUGUUCAUAGGACUUAAAAUGUUAUUUUUACACCAUUCGAUAGAUGAUUUAUAUCUGUUAUUUAUUCAAUAUUGUUGUUAAUAGAUCCCUGCUCCAACAUUAA